AUGAUCAGGGAGACAGAAGCCCCCAACCAGACGGUGGUGGACUACUUCUUCCUUGAGGGUCUGAUGUACACAGCUGAACAUCCUAGCCUGUUCUUUCUGCUCUUCCUCCUCAUCUAUAGCAUCACCGUUACGGGGAAUCUGCUCAUUCUCAUCACCGUGGGCUCUGACCCUCACCUCUGCUCCCCCAUGUACCACUUCCUGGGGCACCUCUCCCUCCUGGACGCCUGUCUGUCUACGGUGACAGUGCCCAAGGUCAUGGCAGGCCUCCUGACUCGGGAUGGAAAGGCCAUCUCCUUGGAGGGCUGCGCGGUCCAGCUUUACUGCUUCCACUUCCUGGCCAGCACCGAGUGCUUCCUGUACACAGCCAUGGCCUACGACCGCUACCUGGCUAUCUGCCGCCCCCUGCACUACCCGCUGGCCAUGAACAGGCGGAUGUGUGCCGGGCUGGCUGGGAUGACUUGGACCGUAGGUGCUGUGCACUCCGCCCUCCAUACCUGCCUCACCUUCCGCCUGCUCUACUGCGGGCCUCGUCGCAUCGCCUACUUCUUCUGUGAUAUCCCGCCAGUGCUGAAGCUGGCCUGUGCAGACACCACCAUCAAUGAGCUUGUCAUGCUUGCCAGCAUUGGCAUUGUGGCUGCAGGCUGCCUGAUCCUCAUCGUCAUCUCCUACGUCUUCAUCGCCGCGGCGGUGUUGCGCAUCCGCACAGCGGCGGGCAGAAAGCGCGCCUUCUCGACUUGCACCUCCCACCUCACGGUGGUGCUUCUGUACUACCUGCCUCCCGUCUGCAUCUACCUGCAGCCUCGCUCCAGCGGGGCAGGCGUCGGAGCCCCUGCUGUCUUCUACACCAUAGUCACUCCCAUGCUCAACCCUUUCAUUUACACCCUGCGGAACACAGAGGUGAAGCAGGCUCUGCGAAGACUUCUGGGCCAAGGCGCCAGAGACUCUCCAGCAGACAGCCCACUCCGCUAA